CCCCCCCCCCCGCGCUUCGCCCCAUAGCCAGAGCUCGCUUGGUCCCACUGGCGUAGAAGACUGAUGUCCUGAUGCAACAGGACAGCUUGGACUACAAGACACUCUUCCAUCCAUGAAAAUAGAAUGAUUCAUAAUUUUUUUGAGACGUAGAUGUAACUUCUUAGAAUGUGAGAUGCGUUGUUUACUAUAUAUUUGUGUUCUUGCCCCCGCCAACUGACCACUCUGUGAUGUCCAGCCAUCCAGUGAGUGUGGCGGCCGCCAGAGCAGGUGUUUGGCUCGUGUGACCGCAAGACUUUGAAGCCUCUUCGGAGCAACAUCUCGGACCGACCCACCCAGACCCCCAGCUGCUCCUGAGACCGGGAGGCGUUUCCAUAACCAGAAUGCAUCGUUUUUCAUCAACGGAGAGAAUAGUAAUCCUCUCUUGAGUGGGAGAUGGACACGGCGUGAGCAGAUCCGCUGGGUCCCUGUGUGCGUCUCUCAGGAUAUCCUCCCUCCGUCGACACCAUGCCUUACCAUGAUGAGGAGCACCCCGGCCAGCCGCUGUGGCAGUCCGUGCUGAUGUUCUGCUGCAAGGGCAUGAUCGAAGGCAUCAUGGUCAUCCUCUUCUUCUGGCUCCUGGUGCAGGUCCUGUUCACCAAACAAUUAGAAGUCCAGCUCCAGAUCCUCCUCUUGUCGGGCCUGAUAGUCUUCUGCCUGUGUCUGAUGCUGGGCUGUGUCCUCUGCUGGCGGAGCGCCCGGGCCCCGCCGUCCGAUCCCAAAGAGCGCGGGACGACGGUCGCCCCGGCCCCCGAGGAGCCCGUCGCUCGGCCCCAGGACCCGCCCCCGCCGGCUCCCCCAGCCGCCGCCGCGGGGCCGCCGUACGACGAGCUGGGCGGCGACAUUCUGGAAUACCCCUCCGCCUCCUGCUGCUCCACCCCUUCGGAGGACGUGUUCGCCUCCCUGACCGCGUCGCCCUGCGCCCGCUCGUCUCCCCGCGGCACGCCGCUGUGUCCCUCGGUCCGGCCCGCCGAGCGCGGCCGCGCCUCCCUGCCUUCCUUCCCCAGGCUGGGGCUGUGGUCCAAGACGCGUCGGAUCCUGGAGCGCCGCUGCACGGUGACGGGGGACCAGGUCUCGUACAGCGAGCGCCUGCGGCUCACCGGCCCCGGGGGGGCCUCCCCGCCCACGGCGGAGGAGCCCAUCCCCCUGGCGCCGCUGUACUACGGCUCCGGACGCGCCGCCACGCCCGCCGCCGGCGCCGGCGCCAGCCCCUGGAUCCACUUCACCGUGGCCUUCUCCCCGGAGCAGCACGCGCUGACCGUCACCAUCCACAGCCUUACGGGAACCAACCACCGCCUGGAGGACGUGUGGGCCGAGGGCAGCCUGUGCCCCGGGACUGGGAAGGCCUCUGGGCAUAAUGGCGGCCUGGACUCCCAGCCCCAGAGUGUGGUGCUGGUGCUGACUGUGAGCUCUGUGGAGGAGCUCCGACGCGGCACGCUCAGACUGUCUCUGCACACGCAGCAUCGCCCCCUCCGGCCCGAGGGCUCCCUUCUGGGGGAGCUGGAGGUCCAGUGUGCAGACAAAGACUGGACAGCGGAUCGUCCGAUCCACUUCACUAAAGAACUCAGUGGCACCAAGUGUGCACGGAAAAUGAGUGUGAACUCCGUGGAAGCACCGCCGUUGAGCAAGCCGGGGCUUAGUUGCUCGCCGCAGAUCUUAGCUCAACUCUUCAUUCUGCUUCAGUAUCAGACCCUUGCCCAUCGCGUCAAAGCCAUGGUCCUUAAAGUAGCCCAGCUAGACAGCCUCUCCCACUGGCCUGCUGCUCCAGGCUACCAGAUGGUGAUGAACUUGCACCAUGAAGGCACGUUGAUCUCCACCAAACAGACUCCAGGGUGGAACACCCCUUUCCUCUUUGACCUCCCUCCAGGAGAACUCAGUCUCAUGCAUAUAAACCUGGAGCUCAUCGUUAUGCAGGCAAGUAUCCCCACAUUGAGAUUACAAUGCAAUACAUUCAAAUGUAUAUCCACACACACACACACACACACACACACACACACACACACACACACACACACACACACACACACACACACACACACACACACACACACACACACACACACACACACACACACUCACAACUUUCAACCAUAAACAUUUCUUAAUCUCACUGUUUCCUACACGGGCAGAACCAGAGCUCGGUGCUCGGUCGAGUCCUGAUUGGCUCAGAGGCACCGGAGGCGGGACGCGCACACUGGAGGGAGAUGUGCAAUCAGGGACAGGUGGAGCGUGCUCAGUGGCACACCUUGCAGCCAGAACCUCUGUAGACGUCGAUUCAGACAUUCGAUUCAGAUAUUUUUCGCCUCGUACAGCCAGCCUUCGGUGCAUCUCUUCUUAGGUGGGGGCUACACUCUGGCGGCAGAGGAGGGGUACCUCACUGGGACAUACAAGGGUCAAGGUGCACUCACUCGUGUGUUAACCUGUUAGGUGCAUGCGUUGUGUAACAAGUCUCAGUACUGUCAUGACUUGUACAUGGAACACACGGUGACCGGUUUGCGACCCGGUCCCCGACCCGGUCCCCGUGUUCCAUUCUGAAUGCUGUUAUAAGUGUGUUACAAAAGGGAUACGAUAUUAUGAUUACGUUUUUUUAUUAAGUUUUUAUGAACAUCACCAUACUUGCACAAACGUUCACCCACUUGGUUAUGUCACACAGAACAAAAUCAUAAUAAAACCCUAAUGUCGAUGCAA